AUUUAAUAUAUAUAUGUAUUUAAUAUAUAUAUAUUUAAUAUAUACUUGCGCGUAUUGUGUAUGUGUAUACGUAUGUCUGCUGCUUGUGUGUGAGCGUGCGUGUGUAUGUGUACGUACAAAUCUAUACACGUAUACAGACACUUUCUGUAUCAUGUUAUUACUUAGAUUAAAAUAAAGAUACAUUUAUUGAAUAAGAAUUGCGAUGUGCUAUUUAUAUGUGUCUGAAAAUUUUUCGUAUCGUACGUACACAAAAAAAUUCCUACAACUGUUUUUCAAAAGAAAAAUAUUUUACAAAAGAGAAUCAAAUUGUAUUUCGAUAUCCAGGUACUGUGUGCUUCUUUGAGCAUCAUUAGCUCUAACAUAUAUAAAAACAUCACAAACUUUUUUGUUCGUUUUUAUAAUUUGUUUUGGAAGAAACUUGAAUCGUGUAUAGACAAACUUCACAGCAAAAUUGUCAAAAAAAAUCAAUUUUUUCUCAUGUGAAUCAAUAGUCUCUCGCAAAUAUUUUGCGCAAAAUUUAUAAGUAUUCAGACGAAAAAAAUGGCAGAUAUAACUAUGCCAUGUGUAUAUGAGUUUUCAAGAGGCAACGGCACAGGCGUAGCGGAAGCCCUUGGAAACUGGGGUUUCUCUAAUAGAGUGUGCAACGCCGGCCAUGAGUUGCAACGUUUAAAGUGUCUCUCCGCAGAAAUAGAUUCUUUACGCGACAAGAAAUCGACGAUGAACGUCAUAUACGAUCGGAGAUACGAUCCAGACGCGUGGUACGUUAAACCUAGUUCUGAUGAAUGUAAGCCGGUGUGGAUGUUUCCUGUAAAAAGGCCUCUGAUUACGUACAGCUCGACAGCAACGAUUAUGAAAGUCUCCGAUAAAAAUAGUGUAGGAUCGGAGUUAGUGCACGUUAUACCUGGUCGUAGUUAUGUUCUACAGGGCACGUCUAAAUGGUUCUCUCGAGGACACGAUUGUUGCUAUCAACCUAGCUGUUUGGCUCCACAAUGUGGUCUGCAAUAUUACAAAGGCUAAAACAAUUGACCUUAAAAUUGUGUAUAAAAUUAGAAUUGUAUUUGAAAAUAACAUUCUAUGGUAAAUACCUUUCCUAAUAUAUCAAGAUGUAUAUAAUAUCUAGAAACAGAGAGUCACUCAUUUAUUGUGCAACUGUGUGUAUUAUUUUA